AUGGGUUAUAAGGGUUCAGAUUCAAAACUCAUGAUUGCAGAAGACAAAUCCAAGAAUUUCUUACAGAACUUUUACGAGACUCAUCAGAGAGAAUUUUCAUUCAACGACAAGCAUAGAGACGUCAUUGUGUCGGAUAUCAGAGUCAGAGGGUCCGGUAAUGCUGGAAAGAUCACCGAGAGAUCAGCUUAUAAAGAUUUGGCCAAAAUCAGUCCCAAAGUUGUUGCACCAGGAAUCGAAAAACUGAAGUCAAGCGUUUAUUUUGAGGGAGGAUUUCAAGAAGCAAACGUUUAUCUCUUAAAUGACUUGGAUAGUGGAACAGUUAUUCCUGGUCCCGCAUUAGUGAUAGACUCCACUCAAACAAUUUUGGUCGAGCCAAAUUCCCAUUUAACGGUUCUUCCUAGGCAUGUCAUUAUUGAUCUUGACGAGUCCCAGUCGUCACAAGAAAAAGAUGCGGACCUCAAAAUCGAUCCAGUACAGUUGUCAGUCUUUGCUCACCCGGUUUAUGUCUAUUGCUGA